UAGCUUCAAUUUUUUUUGACGAUAAAAAAGACCAUUUUAUUUAUUUUGACAAUAAUGGCAAAGGUUAGAACAUCUGAAAAGAAAAAGAACGGGAUAGUAAAUUUGAGAAUAAUAGUGAAAAUGCUACAAAAGAUUCUUCUAUUAGGGAAGAAAUCACAUGCGUCCAAAGUUGAUGAGUUUGAAAAUGACACAAUCAACAUGCCAGAGGACGUGAAGGAAGGGCAUUUCGCGGUUGUUGCUAUGGAUAAUGAUGAGCUAAAGAGAUUUAUAGUUCCUUUGAGUUUCUUAACACAUCCUUCAUUCUUGAAACUAAUAGAACAAGCUGCUGAAGAAUUUGGUUUUAAUCAUGAAGGUGCACUUACAGUACCAUGCAGGCCAAGUGAAUUGGAGAAAAUCUUAGCUGAACAAUGGGUAGAAGGGAUUGAUUCAAGAUCAGUUGAAGGUGUUAGCUGGAGCUCAUGUAUGGUGAACAGCCAUUAAAUGAAGCAUUAGAAUUUUUUGAAAAAUUGGUUUUAAUCUGUCUUUUUCUGUAUUCUACCAGUUUCACGCAUGUACAUGUAUUCUGGCAGAAUUUUUUUUUUUCUAAUUAUUAGCCUGAUAUAUCCACGAUUAAUCACUACUGAAAAUUAGGCCUACAACAAU